AUGACAAAGUUCCGCCCCUGCAUAGAUUUGCACUCCGGCCAGGUGAAGCAGAUCGUGGGCGGCACCCUCGGCACUGUGGCCUCGGACCUCAAGACCAAUUUCGUGUCUACGCACAGCGCGGCCUACUACGCCGGCCUCUACCGUGAUGCUAAGUUGACAGGGGCGCACGUUAUCAUGCUAGGUCCUGGGAACGAGGAUGCCGCAAAGGAGGCGCUGCGCGAGUGGCCCGGCGGGUUGCAGGUGGGUGGUGGGAUUAAUGACCAGAAUGCAGCUACGUGGAUCGAGCGGGGUGCUGAAAGGGUCAUUGUCACAUCGUUUCUUUUUCCAGAAGGACGUUUCUCGUUAGAGCGGCUGCAAGCCGUGCUUUCUGCGUUGGGGGGCGACAAGGAGAGGCUGGUUAUUGACCUUAGCUGCCGGAGGACUGGGAGCACGUGGUUCGUGGCGAUGAAUAAGUGGCAGACCAUUACGGAGAUGGAGGUGACGAAGGAAAGUAUCGAGUUGCUGGAGCCCUAUUGCUCCGAGUUUCUGGUUCACGCCGCCGAUAAUGAAGGCCUUCAGCAGGGCAUCGACGUUGAGCUUGUCAAGCGGCUGUCAGAGUGGUGCAGCGUUCCCGUCACCUACGCCGGCGGCGCGAGAACUGUGGCCGAUCUCGAUCUUGUGAAGGAAACCAGCAGCGGCAAAGUCGAUCUCACAAUAGGAAGCGCCCUAGAUGUCUUUGGUGGUAGCGGCGCACAGUUCGAUGACUGCAUUGCGUGGAACGAGAAGAAUGCGUAA